UUAAUUCUUUUUUUCCUUCUCUUCUAUCUUCGCUUCCCCCAUUCUUUUCCUCCCUUGUUCGCCUGCCUCGAGUGGAGCAAGAGGACGCAAGCGCAAUGCGGUGCCGGGCGAUUCGCGGGCUUAGAUCGAGAGUGUUGUGAUCCAAUCCAUUCUCGCUCGGAUUUCCCCGCGGCAAGAGCCCUAGUCAGCUCAAUUUCGAGGGAGAGCAUUCUUUUGGGAUUAUGACAGCUUGAGUUGAGAAACUCGUCCUCUCGCAUCAUGAAUGGGCCUUGGAAGGAGAAUUUCAGUGGCGGUGGCUUCAGUGAAGAUAGACGUUUCUCGUUUGGGUACUGCGGGCAGUGCGGGAAAAGGGCGUCGAUGGAGGAUUUCAUUGAAGCCAGGAUAGCCAAAGUUGAUGGUCAGGAAGUCGGACUCUUUGGAGUGUUUGACGGACACGGAGGGCCUCGAGCUGCCGAGUUUGUAAAGAAGAACCUCUUCCAGAAUGUGAUCAGCCAUCCUCAAUUCACGAGCGACAUCAAGUUUGCAAUCGCUGACACCUACAAGCAAACAGACGAUGACUAUCUAAAAGACGAGAAGGACCAGUUCAGAGACGCUGGAACCACGGCUUCCACUGCACUACUGGUUGGCAAUCAGCUCAUUGUCGCCAAUGUUGGAGACUCGAGAGCCGUAAUGAGCAGGGCUGGCGAAGCUGUGCCGCUGUCAAUCGAUCACAAACCAAGCAGACUAGACGAGAAGGAACGGAUUGAGAGUGCGGGAGGAUUUGUAACAUGGGCUGGCACCUGGCGUGUGGGAGGCGUCCUGGCAGUUUCACGAGCGUUUGGAGACAGGCUCUUGAAGCAAUUCGUUGUUGCCAUUCCAGAGAUAAAGGAGGAGGUGAUAACGGAAGAUGUGGAGUUUUUCGUGAUCGCCAGCGACGGCCUAUGGGACGUGGUCACGAAUCAGGAAGCCGUGAUGCUUGUCAAGUCGCUGAUGGAUCCCGAGUCGGCAGCCAAGAGACUAACGCAAGCAGCGAUAAAAAAAGGAAGCAUGGACAACGUCAGCUGCAUCGUCGUCCGCUUUAAUCACGACAAGCAGCCGGAAGAGGAAAUCCUUCCCCAAAAGCCCGAGUGACAAAGAAGACGGUGCCUGUGUUGUUUUGAUGUUUUCUUUUUGUCCCCUUCUCUCUCGCUCUCUCAUCUCCCAGGAACUAUUAAUCUGAAAUGGGACGCCAAAAUCUAGCCAAAGAGAAUAAGAGUUUUGGUCUCUCGUUAUUCCAUGGAA